AUGGUGCUGCCAUCCCAGAUCCUCGGGCUCCUGCUCCUCUGUGUUCCAGGCUCCAGAGCACAGAUAGCACUCGCGCAGGCCGCUGUGUCCCCUCCUACUUCCCCGGGAGAGAGUGUCUCCAUCAGCUGCGGGGCCAGUGAGAGCCUCCUCUACUCAGAUGGGAAGAAUUACUUAUCCUGGUACCAGCACAGGCCUGGGCAGGCCCCCAAACUCCUCAUUUACCAUGCCUCCACCCGAUCUAAUGGGGUGCCCACACGCUUCAGCGGCAGUGGGUCUGGAACAGACUUCACUCUCACCAUUGGAAAUGUGGAGCCUGAAGACUCUGCAGUCUACUACUAUUUCCAGACCAGGAAGCUGUGGCUCACGUUCGGCGCCGGGACCAAGGUGGAGCUGAAACGAGAUGUGGCUAAGCCUUCCGCCUUCAUCUUCCAACCAUCUGAGGAGCAGUUAAGUACCGGAAGUGUCUCUCUAGUGUGCCUGGUGAAUAACUUCUACCCGAGAGACAUCAAAGUCAAGUGGAAAGUGGAUGGUGUUGAACAAGCCAAUGGCUCCGACCUCAGUUUCACAGAGCAGGACAGCAAGGACAGCACCUACAGUCUCAGCAGCACCCUGACGAUACCCAGUACAGAUUACCGAAAUCAUAACAUCUACACCUGUGAGGUCGACCACAAGAGCCUGACCUCCCCGCUCAUCAAGAGCUUCAACAGGAAUGAGUGUUAGAGGAGAGGCCUAUCAGGCCCCAUCACCCCACCACAGUCCCAAUCUCCCCGACUCAAGUUUCUGGCCCUUUGCCUACCUUAUCCCACCCCAUGGCAGUCUCCC